AGCCCCUAGAAGGCACUCUUGCCUAACUCUUGCCCAGACUCCCUCCGCACAGACCCAGAUGUCACCUAGUUUGUAUUCCUACAGCCCUUUACCCAUGGUCAGCUGCUUGAGGGAGUCAAAGCUGCGAGACAGCAGGCCACUGCUGUGGCUGGUCUUCCUGCUCUGCCUGUUGGUGGUGGGUCAGCUGGUGUCUCUGAUCAUCUUUGCUGUCAAGGCCAACAGCAAGGGCUGCAAGGAUGGCCUCCGAGCACAGCAGGAAUGUCAAAACCACACGGACCAUCUGCAGCACCAGCUAACUGUGGCCCAGGAGGUCUUACAGAGGACCAAGGCCCAGUACACCGUUUGCAACCAGACUGUGGAGAACCUACGAGAUUCUCUGGAGAUGGAGAAGACGCAAAGUCAGAAGCAGCUGAAGGAGCUUCAGGGAGAGAUCAAGAGAUUGAAUCAGAAGCUGCAGCAGGCUUCGGAAGAGGCGGAGCGACUAAGGAAGGCGUUCGGGAAAACCACAGUCAACUCCGGCAGCUUCAGCUGCUCCAGCUCUUCGAGCCUCCUGUUCAUUGCAGUCGUGGUCCUGGGCCUCAAUGCUCUGCUGACCUGAGGUCUCCGGAAGCCGUCUGGCCACAACCUGGACUGGCCUGCUUCCUGCUCUACUUCACCUUUCGAGGCUUCCUGACCUGGCCAGCUAAGGGGAGACCACAUGGAACUCCGUCGUGGGGAGGAGGGGGGCAUAGGGAAGCAGGGGUCUGUGGGGCAAGCCUAGAGGAAUGCUUGGGGAGGGCAUGGCAGGGGUGCAGGGAGUAGGGGCACCCAUUUCUUGAUGUCACGGUUUCUAGGUCACUUUCUUCUGGGGUCUUUGGGCUCCAAAAAGUAAACACUCCUUUUGAGGGGAAAAAACCUUA